AGCACAAACUAACUCCUCCUCUGCAUUCUAAUCAAGCUUCCCUCUUCCUUCCACUUCAGCAAGCAAACUAACAUAUCUGCACAUUCCUCGUCGACUGAUGCAGAGAGAAAGACAGACCUACAUUUAUUCGAACCAUGCAUUAUUUCCAAUAGAUAGGAUAUCCAUUUUAAAUCUGUCGGUGAACAUGUGCUUGUCUGAUGAACGCUAACUUUACUUCGGGGAUUCGAAUCAUUCGAACACAAAACUUGCAUAGGAACUCCCGUACAACAGACAGGAAUCCGGUGGAAACUUGAUCGCAGAAACUUUUUAAUCUCCGGUGCGCGUUUUCAAUGCAUGCAGCUACGGCGCAGAACCUUUCAGAAUUCGUUUUUAGUCUAACUUAGAUCUCCUGUAGAGCGAGAUCCAAACAGAGGCACAUCUAUGGAUCUUAAGGGAUGAAUUUGCGAUCGUUUAUGAGUUUCGCUCGUUGUGGUUUGUUUUGCAGUUUGCUACCUCCGAAACUUGCAGGGAAGAAGAUUGAGGCUGCAUUAUUCGAGACCCAGACGGAGCAUAAACACAACUGCCAAGAGGACGGGCAGCGCGUACUUUACGAAGUUGCUAUAUUCGGUUAAUGCUAUAUUUCACUCAGUAUUUAUUUGCAACAGAAAGGUAUCUGGUGGAUUAAUGGGAAGUUUGUCAUGUUUUAGCCGUGGAAAGUGGGAGAUGUUUUUAUUAUGCGUUUUAAACUGAAGAUCUGAAACCGUGGGAACGGACAAAAACUGUUUUGGGCUUAUUCUAGUGUGAGCAAAGCGGACAGCACUAUUUCCUUUAGUUGAACAGCAACAAACCAGUGGAUUGUACAACACAGGCAUUGGCUCGUUUUUUAUUGUUUUCGAGGGAAAUAUAGUAGGAUAAUUUUACUUGCAAAAUGCCACAACUUAACGGAGGCGGUGGAGAUGACUUGGGGGCCAACGAUGAAAUGAUCUCCUUCAAAGACGAAGGGGAACAAGAAGAAAAAAUAUCCGAAAACGUCUCAGCCGAGAGGGAUUUGGACGAUGUGAAAUCCUCUUUAGUGAACGAGUCGGAAAACAACAGCAGUUCUUCUGAUUCUGAGCAAGCAGAGAGGCGUCCCCAGCCAAGACCUGACUCAGAAAGUUACGAGAAAACCAGGGAUUACUUUAGCGAAGCAUUAAGAAGACAGCAAGAUGGCUUUUUUAAGAGUCCCCAUUAUCCUGGUUAUCCGUUUCUUAUGAUCCCAGAUCUUACCAACCCCUACCUAUCCAACGGGUCUCUUUCCCCCAGCGCCAGAACGUACCUGCAGAUGAAAUGGCCGCUGCUGGACGUUCCAGGAACAGCCGGUCUGAAGGACUCCAGAUCGCCCACUCCAGGACACCUGUCCAACAAGGUCCCCGUUGUGCAGCACGCCCACCACGUGCAUCCGCUGACCCCCCUCAUCACCUACAGCAACGAACGCUUCUCCCCCGGGACCCCCCCUUCGCACCUGUCCCCGGAGAUCCUCGACCCAAAGACAGGCAUCCCGCGGACGCCCCACCCCUCGGAGCUGUCGCCGUACUACCCCCUCUCUCCAGGCGCCGUCGGGCAGAUCCCACACCCCUUGGGCUGGCUGGUUCCACAGCAGGGCCAGCACAUGUACUCCAUCCCUCCGGGGGGGUUCCGCCACCCCUAUCCUGCGCUCGCCAUGAAUGCGUCCAUGUCCAGCCUGGUGUCCAGCCGGUUUUCGCCACACAUGGUGCCCCACCACCCCCACGGGCUGCACCAGACCGGCAUCCCUCACCCUGCCAUCGUCUCGCCUGCCAUCAAGCAGGAGCCCAACAACGACGGCGGCGGCGGCUCCAUCGUGCACUCGAAGUCCCCAGGACCGGCCAAGAAGGAGGAAGACAAGAGGCCCCACAUCAAGAAGCCACUGAACGCCUUCAUGCUGUACAUGAAGGAGAUGCGGGCCAAGGUGGUGGCUGAGUGCACCCUGAAGGAGAGUGCCGCCAUCAACCAGAUCCUGGGCAGGAGGUGGCACUCGCUAUCGCGCGAGGAGCAGGCCAAGUACUACGAGCUGGCAAGGAAGGAGAGGCAGCUGCAUUCCCAGCUAUACCCCGGCUGGUCGGCACGAGAUAACUACGGAAAGAGGAAAAAGAGGAAGAGGGACAAUAAGACUGAUUCCACGCCAGAAGACUUCUCCUCGCGGAAUAAGAAGCAAUGCGUGCAGUACCUUCCGUCCGAGAAGAUGUGCGACAGCCCCGCCUCCUCUCACGGCAGCAUGCUGGACUCCCCGGCCACGCCCUCGGCCGCCCUGGCCUCCCCGGCCGCGCCUGCCGCCACCCACUCGGAGCAGGCCCAGCCCCUGUCCCUCACCACCAAGCCCGAGGGUCGCUCACACCACCACUUCCCCCUGCCGGGCAAACCUUCUGGAUCCUCUUCCUCCUCCUCCACAUCUUCCGCCUCCUCCCAGCCCAGCAUCUCCCUUUCCAUUGGCUCCUCGGGCAGCCAGUCUGCGCCGAUUCUCUCUCGGCCAAUCCCCUUCACCUCCCUGCACCCUUCCAUGCUGUCCCCGCCCACCUCUUUCCAUCAGGCAGCUCUGCAUUCCCAUCAUGCUUUGUUCCAAUCGCAGCCACUGUCCUUGGUUACCAAAUCAACUGACUAAGUAAAAAUGAGCAAUUCUCUCUUUUUUUUCUUUCUAUUAUGCUGUAUAUUGCUUUUUACCUUUUAUAGAUAUUAGAUCAAGUUUUUUUAAAUGAUGAAAAGGAAAAAAAAAUAUUAUUGGUCAAUAUUUGACCACCACCUCUUUUUUGCUUCUCUCUAUGAAACAAAAUGUAUUUUUUUGUAAAGUUUACUGCAGAACUGGUUUCUUUUCUCAAUGCAUUUAUCCAAUGUGCUACUUGUAUAAAAGAACAAAUGUAUAAAAGGUUUCUUUUUAAAAAACAAAACAAAAAAACCCUCUGUCUUUUUAGUUUAAAUACCUCUUUUAAUGUUAGUUUGACAUUUUAUUUCCAGUACUGGCCAACCUUCUUUAUCCCCAAGAACUACCCCCCACCCUCCUCAAUCUUAAGUGUGAGACUUCCCUUGAGAUAUGAUAAAUAAACCUUAAAAUUGUUUCUUAAAA